CUUUGUCUGCAUGGUGCCGCAGCGGGGUAGACCUCGUGGUGGAUUCGAGCUCUCCGACUCGGCCAUAUUGGAUAGUGAAUGACUCCGUUACACAGGGGCUCAAGAGUAGCCGUGAAACCUUCGCAAGAUCCUCGACGCCGUGAGGAUACCGAGACAAGAUGGAAAACGAGUACACAGUUACGGUCACGAACAAGUUCCUGCUGGCGCUCGAUGAGAGCGAGGAUCCUCUGGAGGUGCUAAAAGUGCGCGAGCAAGAGAAGGAAGCCAAGAAAAAGGAGAGGAUCUCGGAGAAGGAGAACAAGACCAAGCAGCAGCAGCAGCAACAUCAGCAACAGCAACAACAGCAGCAACAGCAGCAGCAGCAGCAACAGCAGCAGCAGCCGCAGGAUGGUCAAAAGACCGCCAACAACAAGACGCAGAAGAGCCGCGUGAUCAAGGACGCCCAGCAGCCACCGUCGAAGGCGCAGGAAACUAAAAAGGAUCAAGCCGAUAAGAAAUCUGCUCAAUCAAGAGCAAGUGGAGGUGACCGGAACGUCAAGUUCUCCGGGGAAUCUCGGGAGGAGCGCAACAAUAGGCGCAACCGAGAAGACGGAGAGAGGACACUCCGAGGACAAGGAGAGUUUAGACGGGGACCUCCUAGCGAAGGCCGCGAGACACGCGAGUUCCGAAACUCAAGCGAGACUCAACGUGGAGAAUAUGGCGAGCGCCGUGGCCGCGGCGGUAUGCGGGGUAUGGGUCGCGGACGUGGUGGCCCUCGUGGACGCGGUGGCUUUGAUAAUCGCGGCAAACGCGAGUUUGAUCGUCAGUCCGGUUCUGAUAAAACUGGAAUUAAACCAGUGGAUAAAAAAGAUGGUGCUGGCAGCCAUAAUUGGGGUACUCAUAAUGACGAAAUAGAAGAGAGCCUGAAUCAAGAUAGUCAAGAUUGGGCCAAUGAUAAGCCGGAUACCGAUCCUCAAGCACCGACCGAAGUUAAGAAUGGAGAAACAACUACGGAUGCGACUGUUGAGGAGAAACCGGUCGAGGAAGAGACGCGCGAGCUCACCCUUGACGAAUGGAAAGCUCUGCGGAAUAAUAGAGCAAAGCCUCAAUAUAAUUUGCGAAAGGCUGGCGAGGGUGAGGAUCUGUCGCGUUGGAAGAAGAUGUACGCUCUUGAGAGAAAGAAGGAGGGUAACGAAGAAGAGGAAGACGAGGAGGAGGAAUAUGACGCAGCCGCGGAAUAUCCUCAGCGCGUUGGCAGGCAAAAACGUGUCUUAGGCAUUGAGAUCCAGUUCAGUGAUUCACGACGCGGUUCUGGCGGUCGCGGUCGAGGUGGUCGCGGUCGUGGCGAUCGCAUGAACGGACGUGGAUUUGGAAAUCGUAGUGCUCCCAGGGACGGUGAUGGGACACGCUCGCAGAAUGAACAGAGGUCACCGCGAAGUCGCCAGAACGCUCCGAAGGUAGAUGACGAGAAUGACUUUCCUUCCUUGGGAUAGGUAGCUUCAUCUGUUGAUACUAUACAACAUCCCACCAUUACCAUCACCAUCAGUACAUUUACUACAGAUAAAGCUACACUAACUAAAACAAAAUAUUACUAUCGAGAAUCUUGCGUUAGUGAUAAUAACAUUAUUAAUGCAUAAUACAGUACACCGUUACAGAAAUGAGAUACGUAAUAUUGUCUAAAAAUUCCUCUCGUGACCUGAACGUCACAAUUACGUAUUGGCAUAUAAUCGUACACAUGAAAAGUUGCAUGAUGUAUGAAGGAAAAAAAACAAAUAGAUAACGAUCCUUUUUUGUACUUGUGGGAAGCCAUUUGUCUGUAACUAGUCCGAGACACACGCCAACGGACAAACGAUUUGUGGAGAGUGGAGCAUAUAGUCUCUUGUUAAUAAUUUCAAAUCCAUAAUGAUGACAGGAAGAGUAUACAGAAGAUUAAGAGAGAGAGAGAGAGAGAGAAAAAAAAAGGGAGAGAGAGAGUUUAAGCGGACCAGCAAGCGUUGUGGAGUAUAUACUUCAAGUUACAGUUUCAAUCUGCUUAAAUCCGAAUCGAAGACAAUUGCCGAAAGGAGGGGAAAUUUUUGCUGUACACAAAAGCGGAACGUGGGCUGCGGUAUCGAUCUCAAUCUCGAUGUCGCGUUAAAAGGCCUAAAGGAGGCUGGAUGUAGCAUCGAUACGCGCGCGAACAUGUAUAAUAUCUCUUUUUAGGCGUAAAUUUUAAAACGCACUUUCUGUUUUAUAAGUUUUAUACGAUUUGUGGAAAAGAAGAAUCCUUCCUUGUAACACACAUAUACCGGCGGGUUUGAUUACUUGCCAUGCGUAAGAUGUAAGAAACUUUUAACAGGGAGGGUAGAUUUCUAUUUAAGAAGACGCAUCCUAAAUAAAUCAUCUACUUAGAACAUGCUAAGUUUGACAUAUAUACAUAUAUAUGCAUAUAUAUGUAUGUAUAUGUAUAUGUAUAUGUAUACAUAGAGAGAGAGAGACUUCCCUUUUGAAGAUGUAGUCGAUCUUGUGCGAAGUUAACAUUUAAUAUCUUGAACACACAUUGACACAGUUUUAGGUAAUAUAUAUAUAUAUAAACACAUGGAUAUGUAUACAUAUAUGUAUUCUAUUAUAAAUCGAAAGAAGUGAGAAACGUGAUACGCAGAGAGGGAAGACGGAACGAAUGAGUACUCACAUAUUAUUAUGUUACACUUAUGCGUUCUCAUAUUCUUAAUUACAAACUAAUAUUAGUUAUUUACUAUAUUUGUUAUAAAAUUUAAAAAAUUAUCGCAGCCAAAAGAUUCACCUCAUAUCCAUCAUAGAGACGGAAAAAAAAAAGAAAAACAGAAAAACGUUAUGAAGCUCUUUGCAGCUUAGAUAUAUGUGUAAAUAACAUUUACAAUAAUAAAUUGUAACGAUGAUCGGACACUUUGAGCUCGAUUAACUUCAUCAGUCAGAUAAGAUUAUUCUAAGCAGGUUCUUUCUCUUGUUUGCACAUCUGUACAGAAAAAAAAACGUAAGUACAAAAGUAUACUAUUUUAAAUGUCGCGAAAAGGAAAAAAAAGGAUCCGAAUCUGAGAAAAAAACUAACUCUCAUUGAGACGUGUUAUGCUAAUAAAGUUGUAAAUGUAAUAA